AGGGGAAGCUGCUGUUUUUUUACCUUAUCUCCACCUGAUCCCAGCGUCUGAUGGAGUACCUUCAACGUCUGCUCGGGGCUCUGCAACAGGCAGUGAGUUUUGCUUCCUCCUUCACCACCUACCUCCUUGGAGAUGAUCCUCAUCCAGGAGCAGAAGAUUCAAGAGAUGCGAGGGAGAGAAGGCAUGAAGGCAGCUGUCCUGACUGUGAAGUUGAGACAACACGCAACGGCACAGAUAUUUCUCCAAGGGAACAUCUGGAGAUCUUUGAAGGUCCACUUACCACAAAGGCUUUUCCUUUUCAGGAGAUCCCACCUGACUUGGAGAUCCAAGUAACACCAGAAGCAGCUGUCCAUGGAACUCAAUCUACCGAGUCCAUUCUUGAACUUGCCAAAUUGUCCUCCAGAUAUGAGGGAUGGGAAGAGUCAAAGGAGAAGCCCUCAGAGACAUGCCGGAUCCCAGCUGAUGCCCAAGAAGAAAUGGUCACAACAACAGUGACUGGCAACGUCAAAGAGACAGACCUGAAGGGGUCAGCCCUGACUCAGGGGAUCCAUCCAUGGGAUGCAGGAAGAACUAUCUGGGCAGAUGCACCUGAGAAAGAAGUACAAGCAGAGGUGGCAGAUACAAAGUGGGAACUAGCUGGACCAUUGGCUGGAGGCAAACAUCAUGGAGAACUGAGUGAGGAAGGAGGGACCAAUGUGGGUCAGGAAAGAGAGCUGAAGGAAAAUUUGUGGAAUGAGGAGGUUUGGAAAGAGACCUCAAACUUGGCACAGUUUUUAGGGGAACAGGAGAGAGAGCGAGGGAAGACAGAACAGCCUGGAAGAUUUCAUCAUGAGGAGGUAGGCAAAAUGAUGGAAGAUCAGCACUUGAAAUCUGAGAAAUACCAGGAAGAAGAAAUCAUUAAAGAGCAGCCUGACAUGGUGGUAGUGAAAGAAGACAUUCAGCAGGCCAUGCUGGAUAAUGUAGGGACUCUGGGAGACCAGGAGGAGGCACUAGAAGAGGAAAAGGAGACAGGGAGAAGUCAUCAGUGGGAGGCAAAAGAAAAACCAGAAAUAGGAGAGGCUAGCAAAGUGGAGGAAAGAGAAGUAGAGAAAGCAGUGUGCAACAAGGGGGGUCAGGAGGGAGCAGUAGAUUGGGUCCCAUUUGUAGAGCAAUGUCAUGGAGGGGCAGAGAAGGCAGUAUGGCUGGAGGGCGUUCAGCAUGAGGUGCUGGAAGUAGCAGACGAAAUGGUGGGGAGCCAAGAAUUAGAGUCAAAGAUGGAAGAAAAAGAACUAGUAGAGGCUACAAAGGGCCAGCAGGAGGAAUUAGAUAUGUUGGCAAUGAAAGAAGGAAGUGAGCAAGCAAUGCCAGGCAGAGCAGAGAUUCCAGAGGCGUUGGAGGGUGAAGGCAAGCCAUGGCAAAGGAGCCAUCAGCGGAAGACCGGCAGGGAAUUAGAAGAAGUAGGAGAGACCAGCAGAUGGAAGAGACAGCUGGAGGGCACUUCGUGGAAGGAAGGGGUUCAGGAAGAGGCAGCAGUUCGGGCACAGUUUACAGAAGAACUGCAUGGAAGUCUACAGAAGGCAGCAUGGACAGAGGGGCUGCAGAAUAAAGAACUAGAGCAGGCAGCCAAGGCAGUGGAGAGCCUGCAGUUCGAGGCUGAAGAGAAGCAAGGGGAAAUCGUGGAGGCAGAUGAAGGCUGGCAGGGACAGCCCAAUAUUGCAGCAGAGAAAGAAGGAUUUCAGCAAACAAGGCUAUGUGGAGCAGAGAUGGAGGAGGAGGUGGAGUUAGAAGAAGAAAAAGUGGUUGGGAGGGACCAUCAGUGGGAUGUCAAAGAUGCAGGAGGAACCACAGUCUGUCGGGAGAAAGGGCCAGAGGAAGCCACGUGGGACGGAGGGGUUCAGGGUGGCUCACAGCUUCUUGAGGAAGAGCAGAGAAGGCUAGAGGGGGCAGCAUGGAAUGGAGGACUUCAGCAUGGAGUGAUGGAGGGCUGGGACAGAAUGGUGGAGAGCAAGCAGUUGGAGCUGGAGGAAGCAGAGAAAGAAGAAGCCGAGGCUGAAAAGAUCUACCAGGAGGAGCCAGAUGUGAUUGUAGAGAAAGAAGGACUUCAGCAAGCAGGGUGGAGUGAGGCAGAGACUGAGGUGGGGUGGCAGGAGGACAUGGAAGGGGAACAUGAGAUUGCAAAAUGCCAUCAGUGGGAGCUUGAAGGAAAAGCAGAAGAGCCAGAAGGGAGCGAAGUGGGGCAGGAGCAGGAGGGAUUGUCAUCAAAUAUGGAGGUUCAGCAAGAGGCGCCGUACCAGUGGCAGUUUCUAGAGGAACAGCAGAGCAGGCUAGAGGGGGCAACAAGGUCUGAAGGAUUUCAGAGUGGAGAGCUGGAGGAGCCAACCAAGAUAACAGAGAACCCACAGUUGGAGGCUGAAAAGAGAGAGGAACAAGAAGCUGAGGCAGAAGACAAAGAAGGGGUGGCAGUGAAGGAGACAGUCCAGCAAGUGAUGUUUUCUGGGGCAAAGGCUGAAAGAGAACAAAAUGAGGUGGUAGAAGGAGAGGAAGUUGGAAGGAACCACCAGCAAGAGGUAGAGGAAAUGGAGUCAUUGGAAGAUCAGGACAGGAAGCCAAAAGAAGUAGCAGACCUCAGAGAAGAUGACCAGGGAGAAUUGGAAGGGGCAGAAAAACUAGAAGGACACCAAGGGGAGGAAAUAGAGGAAUCUGAGAGAAAUAGGGUAGACAUUAAAGGAGAAGAAGAGGAGAAGCAAACAGGAGAUGCCAUUCUGGAGACUGAACAAAGGGAAGAGUUGGAUAGGCUGGCAGAAGCUCAUGGCCUUGAUGAAGAAGCGCUGGGUGAAAUUACAAGAGACCCAGAAAAGGCUGAGAGGAGUCCACAACCUGAACCUGUGACAUACAGCCCUUCCCUUGAAAAAGACCACCUGGCAGAGACUAGAGUUUUCCCAACCAAGGUCGCACCCCUGGAUACAAGUGCUCAGAAGGAACGGGUGCUGCUGCGUCGUAAGAGCUCCAUCCGACGGGCACCUAGCAUGAAAAAAGUGAGAUCGCCCACUGAGAGCUCACCUCAGGAGAUGCAAAGCGUUGAGGACACUCCACCUCCACCUCCAGCACAAGCAACAAGCAGGCCAAUCCUGAGGCAUUCUGGGUUUGGACCUAUGCACCCCAACAUGAUGGCAGAACUGCAGAUACGCCUGCGCAAACCCCAGUAACCACAAAUUCAGAGGUGUUUCUGGGGUAAAGAACAUGCAAACUCUCUCUAUCUUGAGUCAGACUGCCUUGACAAAGAUUGUGGGAGCCAAGAGAAGCACAUAAAAUUUUCCACAGAUGGGAUGGAAGAGAUUCUAGUACAAAGUGUACUACCAUGACAUUGAUAUCAAAGGUGAUUUUGACAGGAGAGUUCUGUAGCAAUGCUAAGGCAUUGCUUUUCUAUAUACAUCUGGAAGUGUAAUUAAAACAUUCAUUCCAGAGCUUAAUAUCACUCUCUUACCUGUGAAAAUCCAGUAAUGUUUGCCUCAUGGGCAAGUUUCUGCUGUAUGUUUUCUCAAAAAGAAUUCUUAUUCGGCAAAGGUCUUCCUCUAUUCCUUUUAUUAUUUGAGCCUUUCUUGUCUUUCUCUUUUAAUAUAUCUGAUAAGUUGC